AGUCAACCAUGACAUUCAAGACAACCUGUACACCAACUUAUCCUUUGAAGUGUCGCAGAAACUGCCGAUCGAACAUGAGAACCUCAUCCGAAAGAUUUACCGCACAGAUACGGGACCCGACUCCGCAUACUUUCAGAGCCACGUGCACUACGACCAAUCGUCUAUGGCGGAAGUGGUGGCCAAGAGGGCAGGGGUUGAUGACGUCAUAGCCGCGCUGCAAGAAUUCAAGUCUUGUUUUCCAGGAGUCGUCUCGCAGACUACAAUCGAAAUGACGAGAGCGUGUUUAGAGAGUAGCUCUCUGAGCUCCAAGCCUUACGUGUAUGGUCUGCAGAACCAGGGCGGUGAUUGGUCCAAGUUUGAGCUGACAGUUCGAGCCAGCCUGAAGGAGCCGCUGCUGUGUAGUGUCUUUGUCUCCCGGCGGAUGAGCUGAUUUUCUUCGAGGGAUGGAUAUGUUUAAGAAAAGCUGAUUCUGUACUGAGAUAAUACGUGAGCCAUUGUGGUGAAAUAAGGCGCUCGUAAAAAUAAUGAUAUAGAAGAAAACGUAAUUUUUUCGUCUUUUCGGCAAUUUUUAAUCGAUUUCUUUUUUGUGUGUGCUCAGCGCCUUUUAGGUUCAUUUCAAAAACACAUUUUCUGUGUGGAUUUUACUUACAAGCCUUGAUCAAAGGCAGAGGACUUGUAAAUUUGCAGACACUUAGGUUUUGAAACUCACGAAACUUUGGCGGCAAUUUUCUUGCUACUUUUGUCUCUGACAACAGCUGAGCCUACUCCUUUCACUUGCAAAUAUCGCGACUUCUAUUCAAGAUAGAAGCGUAGAUCUUUUUUUCCCCCCUCAGACGCAAUGAAAUAACAAACUUUAAGAUGAUAUCAAUAACCCCCCAAAAACCGACGAGCGAUUGAUUCCACUGCGUUGUGACACAUAACAAUAUGUUUUAGAUAACCCAAUUCUUUACUGAGAUGUAUAUGCAUAGGCCUAUGUUUUAGAUCAGUCUAUUCUCUGCUGAGUAAUGGUUGUGUCAUACAUCUAGUAUAUAUUAUGAACUGAGUAAUUAUCUACGGAGGACUGGUCGUUAUUUAUGAGCUGGUUCUCUAUUGAGGGAUGGGUGUAAUAAUUAUAGAGGAGUCUAUUCUCUACAGAGGAAUGGAAGGGCAUAUAAUAAUAACAAUCAUAAUAAUGAUUAUUAAUAUAAGUAUAUUUUUUUUCUAAACAAAGGAAUUGAUACGCUAUAAAGGAAUGUAUAUGUUGUAGAUGAGUUGCUUCUCUAC